AUGUCCAGACUGCUACACAUUGUCUUCCUCAUCGUCGCCGCCCUUGGCUUCUGCCUCACUGCCCAGCAACUACAUUCCGUCAACCACAUGGCCGCCGCCCGGAGCCUCGAGCGCCAAAAACUACACCAGAAGCAACAACAGCAACAACGAAACAUCGUGUCCGGCUUCGUCGAGGUCGAGCGCCCGACGAGCGUCCAGGAGGGGCCGCCUCCCGCGCAGGUCGCCCAGACGUCCACCGCCGGCGGUGGCAUGAGGGACCGGCAAGGCGCCGGCGGCGCGAUGUCUGCGGAAGAUGACGGACAGCAGUCGCAGCCGCGGCCGACGCGGGUCAAGACGCCGGCGGCGGAGACGGUGCUGCCGACCAACACCAAGGUGCCGGUCGCGGCCGUCAGCGGAGCGGUGAUGAACCCGACCUCGGACCCGGGGUUCCUCGCGCUGGUCGCGUCGCUCGGGCUGAUGACGAUCGGUAUGACGCUCGUAUGA